AUGUUGCCUUAUUAAAGGGAAUUAGAAUCAAGUAAUAUAGAUACAACAAUCAUAAGAAUAGGAUAAUAUUCUAAACUGAAUCUGAUAAAAUAAAAGUACAUAUACUAUAUCUAUUUUAGUGAUUAUAUUACAUAAUUAAUAGAGGAGUAUUCAGAUGAGAAAUCUCUAUUAAUUUAUUAAAUCGAAGAGUUAAAAAUAUAACAAUAAUUAGUAGAAGAAUAAUUUUUUUAAACUGCUCUCUUUGCAGACUUAGUACUAUAAAUAUGUAUUUGACAUCCAUAUUGUUUAACAUAGACUAUCAACUUGUCUAAGUAAGUAGUAAUAUAAAUUAACAAGACAUAAUUAAUGAACAAAGAACUAUUAGAGAAGUUUCAGAUUUAAAUAUAGCAAUUAUAAUAGAAAUAUCAAUAGAAGGUUAAAGAUCUGGGAUUGCAAUAGGAGAUAGUCAAAACUGAAGGUUAAUUACAAAAUAAACCAAUUGAAGAUGUAUUAUCAUAAGUUGAGAACUUCUCUAAAGUGAUGGAAGAAUUGAGGAAUAAAGAAACUAAGAAUUGA